AUGGCAGAUGACAAGAGUAGCAGACAAGCUACACUGGGUCGGUUCUUUGGCUCAGAUGCGAACUCCAACCAAGCUCCUAAGAAGCAGACAACGUUGGCCUUCGGUGGAAAGAGGCAACGAGCGACUAGCGAUAAUGUAGAGGAGAAUACAGAAAAUGCUGCUGGCGCGAGUAAGGAUGCUAUGGUCGAUGUCAAAGAUGAGGAUGAAAUAGACGUCCACGCUCAAGCGAACCCAACAGAAGCCGCCAAAACUUUGAAACGCGAGAAAGUUGAGGUGGAUGAAGAAAGCGACAACUCAGAUGUGCAGCCUGUUUCAAAACGAAGACGCAAGGUCACCAAAGAAGGUUCCUCUCCGGCUCCCAAGAAGAGCCCCAAAAAGAGUCCCAAAAAGAGUCCCAAAAAUGCUACACCUUCCCCGAAGGCCUCCAAAUCGCCCAAAAAGGAGGCCGCAUCGCCAUCCCCCAAGCCAAUCUUGAAGAAAGCUUCAGGAGAAGAAACACCUGAAGAGGAGACCAAAUCUGACCAAGAUGAGGAGGAGCAAUCAGAAUCCGAAGGGGAAGAUGAGGUUAAGCCAGACGUUAAAAAAAAGACAACAAAGACAAUGGAAAAAGUGCAGGCCACCCUACAGUCGAGUGGAAAAGAUCUAUAUCCGGACUGGAAAGCCGGUGAUCCAGUCCCUUAUGCUGCGCUGUGCACAACAUUCUCUGAGGUUGAGAAGACUUCUAAACGUCUAGCUAUCAUGGCUUUCUGCUCUCAAUUUCUCCAACAAGUUUUACGCUUAACCCCCGACGAUUUACUUCCAACUGUUCAAUUGAUGAUCAACAAGCUGGCUGCGGAUUAUGCUGGAAUUGAAUUAGGAAUUGGAGAGUCGCUCAUUAUGAAGGCCAUUGGAGAAUGUACAGGUCGCAGUCUAGCUGUCAUCAAGAGUGAUCAACAUGACAUUGGCGAUUUAGGGCUGGUGGCUGCUAAGAGUCGAUCCAAUCAGCCUACCAUGUUCAAGCCCAAGGCAUUAACCGUUCGCGGAGUGCAUGAAGGUUUGCUAGGCAUCGCUAAGGUCAGCGGACAUGGAUCUCAAGACAAAAAGAUCUCAGGAAUUAAAAAGCUCCUUUCUGCGGCAGAUGUCGCAACAACAGGUAAAGGCUCCAAGGGUGUUGAUAUUACCAAAGACAAGGGUGGGCCAAGUGAGGCCAAGUUCAUUGUGCGCUUCCUGGAAGGUAAAUUGAGACUGGGUCUCGCUGAAAGGACCGUGCUUGUAUCGCUAGCUCAGGCAAUCGUGUCCCAUGAAGCAGCGGCGGAAGGCAAGAAAGCGUCCGCUGAAAAGAUGGCCGAGGGUGAAUCUGUCCUCAAGACAGUCUACAGUGAGCUGCCCUCCUACGAAACUAUCAUCCCAGCUGUGCUAGAGCAUGGCCUUUUCAAACUCUCGGAUGUUUGCAAGCUGCAGCCCGGUAUUCCUCUAAAGCCCAUGCUUGCCAAACCCACCAAAUCCAUCACUGAGGUUCUUGACCGCUUUGAAGGAAAGGAAUUCACAUGCGAAUACAAGUAUGAUGGAGAGCGAGCACAGAUUCAUUUUGUUGCUCCAAGUGCUAUUAAAGACUUUCCCGGCUCGACUGCCACAUUACAAAAAGAUAGCAGAGGCCACUCAGCUAUUUUCUCACGAAAUUCUGAGGACCUAUCAAAAAAAUAUCCCGACGUGUUAGGCAAGCUUGACAGUUGGGUCAAAGAUGAUGUUACCAGCUUCGUGUUGGACUGUGAGACUGUCGCUUGGGACAUGGAAGCCAAAAAGGUCUUGCCGUUCCAGCAGCUGAUGACUCGAAAGCGAAAGGACGUAAAGGCGGAGGAUGUCAAGGUCAAGGUUUGUGUUUUCGCCUUUGAUCUUCUAUUCUUCAAUGGAGAGCCCUGUGUCAAGAAGUCUCUUCGGGAACGUCGUAACCUGUUGCACGAAUGCUUUCAACCAAUCGAAGGCGAAUUUCAAUUCGCACAAUAUGGCAACACCAAUGUCCUUGACGAGAUCCAAGAAAUGUUAGAAGAUAGUGUCAAGUCAUCAUGUGAAGGAUUAAUGGUGAAAAUGCUGGACACCGCCGAGAGUGGCUAUGAGCCAAGUAAGCGAAGUCGGAAUUGGCUGAAGGUCAAGAAAGAUUAUCUUGCUGGCGUUGGUGACUCCCUAGAUCUCGUCGUCCUUGGUGCUUACUAUGGUCGCGGAAAGCGUACCUCUGUGUACGGUGCUUUCCUUCUGGCUGCCUACAACCCAAAUAACGAUACAUACGAGACUAUUUGCAAUAUCGGUACCGGAUUUUCAGAGGCAGCACUAGAAGAAUUCCACAAGGAGCUGUCAGAAACGGUCAUUGAUCGGCCAAAGCCCUUCUACUCUCACUCGAGCGUGAACAAGGACCAGCCAGAUGUGUGGUUCGAGCCUCGGCUGGUUUGGGAAGUGAAGACCGCUGAUCUAACCCUCAGUCCGCGGUACAAGGCGGCAGCAGAUGAAUUCGAGGGAACAACUGGUGGUGGUAAAGGUGUUUCAUUACGUUUCCCCCGAUUUAUCAAGUCUCGCGAUGAUAAGAAGCCAGAACAAGCAACGACUACCCGUGCCGUGGCAGAGAUGUACCGCAAGCAAGAAGCGGUGGCCAAGGAGAAUGCGGGCAAGAAGGGUGUUGAUGAUGAUUUUGAGUAUUGA